AUGGAACUAGUCAACAAGUUGAAGCUCUUGGAACAACGGCAUACGGAAGAACGGGACCAAUUGCUCAAGGUUGAAGACGCUUUGCAGAAGCAGCUUGAAAUGAGUCAUGAGCAGUAUCAGACUCUGGUGGCAGUAAGGCAGCAGGAGCUAGCGGACCGAGACGAAGACCGACGAAGAUUUCGAUCGUUGGAGCAACAAAUGGCCGAGCAGCGAGAAUUACUUCGCCAACGAGAGCAGAGUCAUCCAUUUCAAGCAACCGGGUCGCAACAGGUGGCACCAUCGGCUCAGCCAAUGCAACGCGAGCUCGUCGAUAAGCUUCCAGCAACCAUCAAAUUCAGCUGGGCGCUCUUCCAAGAGAAUCUACCGGUUGUCGAUUUGAGCGCUUUUGGGGAGUACAUGGAAAAGGUGACAUCUGCUACCAGUGGUGUUACAAACCUGUGUUUCUCAGCGAGAAUCCCGAAGGAGGAGAAGCCGAGAGUGAAGGAAAGGGCAUUCGUAAAUACGCACGCUGCGUGUGACCGGAGGAGUACGGUAUCGUCCAGUAAUCAACAAAAGAGUGACCGUCGAGAGAUGCCAACGGAUGGUAAAAGCAAGGAAAGUGAAGGUGAAAAACGCUGCCCGAUGUGCAAGGCGAUGGAUCACGUUGUAGCGAAUUGUUCAUCAUUCAAGAAGCUAUCGUUGGAUGAACGUUGGAAAGUGGUGAAAGUGAACAAGCUGUGUCGUAGAUGUCUCAUUUCGCAUACUCGCUGGCCAUGUGAAGGUGAGUUUUGCGGCGUCAACGGUUGCGAAAAGCGCCAUCAUCAGCUACUACAUUACGAGCCCGCUGCAGGACAAUCCACGGUUACCACCAACGCUACUGUCACCAUCCAUCGUCAGCCCGUUUCGUCGACGUUGUUCAAGAUACUUCCGGUGACGUUAUACGGGGAGAAUGGAUCCAUUGAUACCUACGCGUUUCUGGACGAUGGAUCAUCGGUUACCCUAGUAGAAAAAUCAAUAGCGGAAGAACUCGGAGCUGAUGGAAAAAUGCAAUCCUUGUGCAUUCAGUGGACAAGCGGGAUCAACAAAAAGAUUCCCACUAAACAACUGGGAAAGCUGGGAAUAUCAGAACCCGGCGGUAAGAAGCGAUUUGAUGUAUCGGAGGUGUACACCGUCGAGAACUUAGGGCUACCGGAGCAAUCGUUGGACUUUGAAAGCAUGGCGAAGCAGUACAAGCAUUUCCGAAACCUAUCAGUCAAGAGUUUCCAAAGGGCCGUUCCUGGUGUGCUGAUUGGGUUAAACAACACUCAUCUAAUGAAUACGUUGAAACUGCGGGAAGGAGAAGAGCAAGAGCCAGUCGCUGCGAAAACUCGUAUCGGAUGGGUAGUCUGCGGCGGUCUACGAGGGGGAGCUCAUCAAUUUCAACACCGGCAGAUGCACAUAUGCGUGGAGCCAGCGGAACUCGAUCUGCAUGACUACGUACGGGAAUUCUUCUCUGUGGAAAGUCUAGGGGUCUCUGUGGCGCCGAAUUUGGAAGGAAGUGAAGAUCAGCGAGCUCGUCGAAUCCUCGAAAAAACGACCGUGAGAACAUCGAAUGGGAAGUACAAGACUGGACUACUGUGGAAACAAGACAUCAUCGAAUUCCCGAAUAGCAGACCGAUGGCCGAGCGUCGUCUGAAAUGUCUCGAAAAGCGUCUUGAAAAGGAUCCGCAACUCUACGAAAACGUAUGGCACCAAAUAGCGGAUUAUCAGGCGAAAGGCUACAUCCACGCGGUAACGGAAGAAGAAAUGCCAGAGUUCGAUCCACACCGCACUUGGUACCUUCCUCUCGGAGUGGUUUUGAACCCUAACAAACCGGGAAAGGUAACAGUGAUAUGGGACGCAGCGGCAAAGGUAAACGGAGUUUCGCUGAACACGAUGUUGCUGAAAGGUCCUGAUUUUUUGACACCACAGCUGUAUGUUACGUUCAAGUUCCGUGAACGGGAGGUGGCAUUCUCUGGUGACAUCCAAGAAAUGUUCCUGCAGCUCGGGAUUCGGAGAGAGGAUCGGAGUGCGCUGCUCUUCGUGUUUCGCAACUCACCGUCUCAGUCUAUGAUUACGAUGGUAUCGGACGUUGCGAUCUUCGGAACGACUUGUUCUCCAGCCCAAUCGCAGUAUGUCAAGAACCUAAAUGCAGCGGAGAACGAGAAGGAACAUCCAAGAGCGGCGGCAGCAAUCAAGAACAGACACUACGUUGACGAUUACUUGGACAGCGUAAACACGGAGGAAGAAGCAAUCGAGCUAGCUCUGGAUGUGGCGGAAGUCCACCGGAAGGCAGGUUUCCACAUUCGUAACUGGGUGUCAAAUAGGCCCAAGGUGCUAGAGGCUAUAGGAGAGGUUAACCCAGCUACAGUCAAGAAUCUCGCGAUGAAUAAUCAGAGUGGAUUUGAGCGGCUACUCGGGAUAUCUUGGCUGCCGGGCGAAGAUGUGUUCUGCUUUUCACUUAGCCUACAAGGAGAUCUUCAAGGACUGGUGGAAGGCACGAUCGCACCAACCAAGCGAAUGAUGCUAAGCUUCGUUAUGAAAAUCUACGAUCCGUUGGGACUGGUAGGAUCGCUGAUUGUCCAGGGGAAGAUCCUCAUCCAAGAAGUCUGGAGAGCCAAAGUGGAUUGGGACCAGCAGAUACCGGAGGAUAUUUUCAAGUCAUGGAAACUCUGGUUACAGGCGCUGAAAGAAUUGGACAACGUGAGAAUUCCUCGUUGCUACUUUUCGGGGUACGAUGCCAACUGUUAUGAUUCUCUAGAGCUGCACAUAUUCGUUGAUGGCAGUGCACAAGCAUACUCCGCCGUCGCUUACUUCCGAGUUCAGGACCAGGGAUGGAUACGGCUGGAUCGAACCAGCUCCGGGGAAGGAGGAGUGGCCAUCGCUCUAAGGAAGAACAUCUACUGUCGGCUGUUGCCGAGCUUCCAGCUGAAGAUCAUCGAAGCCGUAGGGGUGGAGGUUUCUACUCCUGUCGGUCCCAUGACACAUCAAGUCAACAUCAGGGAUGGGUCGGCAGCAGACCUGCGGCGAGAUAUUGUCAAGCUAACACGACGGCGGGAAAACUUCAUCUUGGUUGGCGACCUGAACGCCAAACAUCAAACUUAG